AUGAAUCAAGAUCCAAGUAAGUCACCUUCCUUCAAACGCUCAUCUUCACUAGCAAAAAUUUUUUUUCUCCUAGAUGCAAAACUAACUCUCACGAUUUUUCAGCCCAACCAAUAGAGGCAUUCCUCAAGAGGUUUCUAAACUCGCUCGAUGUGCCCUACCACUCGCCAAACCAAUCCUUCGCCAACGUUGAAACCUACGCGACUCAAUUCGGGUCCAGCUUGAAACGUUCAUCCGCCAUAGUCGUCAACGGCCAGCCGGUGAUACCGACACCCACAGAGGACUCCCGAUUGCAAUUCCAGAAAAAAUGGUUAGCGACGCCAAUCUCAUCUCAUCAGCUCACCAGCUACGAUGGACACUUGAUCCCCGGGACCAACAUGUUUAUAAUCAACUUUGCAGCAAAAGUGAAAUUCGACCAGAGCGGCAAGAAUAGGCUUGGUGAGUCGGCGGAUCUAGUCCAGGAGAAUAGCUUGGUGAAAACCGCUAGACCCGUUUGGGGCUCGUGGUUUGGUGUCAAUUGCAAUUUGGUUGUGGACAACAAUUUUGCAGGUGGCGAGAUUAUCAAUAACAUGGACUACCGGUUUACAUAUGUGCCCAAGGACUCAGUGCUAAAAGUUUAA